AUGGAGGAUAAAAAGUCAAAGGGGAAGGGUCCCCACUCCGCCGUUUUGCUUAUCACCGACAUAUAUCGCACCUCGGCUAAGAAGUUCGCCGACUUCUACAGGAGACGAGUUAUACAUUGGAACAUCAAGGCAAAAACAAAUAUACAAAAACACAUCUCCGUUCUUUCUACUUUCUACUUCAUCAUCCUCUCCGAUAAAACAAUCCAAUCUAUGGACAAAAAGGUCAAGUGGAGCUGGACCUCCGCGCUUAUCGGAGCGGCAUCAGCGGUGGCAGCCAUGGCGGUGCUCUCAGCGAAGCCCAAGGACCCCACCUUCCACCUUAUCUCCAUCAACUUCACAUCUUUCAAGCUCAACCUUCCAACCAUCCUCGAUGCAGAACUAGUCCUCACCGUCCAUGUCACCAACCCCAACAUCGCACCCAUUCACUACUCCUCCACCGCCAUGUCCAUAUUCUACAAGGGAUCCCUCCUCGGCUCCGCCGCUGUAGCUGCCGGCUCCCAGCCCCCACGCUCCUGCCAGCUCCUCCGCCUCCCUGCGCGCCUCCGCGGCCUGGAGCUCGCCCAGCACGCCAAGUGCUUCGUCGCUGACGUGGCCAGGCGCGAGAUGGUGCUUGACGCCGCCGUGGAUAUCAGCGGCACCGCCAGGGUGCUUUGGUGGGACCACAAUUUUAAGGUGCACGUUGACAGCCACGUUACUGUCGAUCCUGUGUUCCUUGAUGUCAUUGAUCAGGAAAAUACUUCGGAACUUGAACUUUUUGCCGCUUAAUUAGUGAAACUGAAUAAUGAACCAGUAAUCAGUGAUGGAAUUUGGGAAUGUACUCUAAACAAUGGAGAGGAAAAUGGUUAUUUUUGGGAAUUGGUGAUAAUCAAAGCUUUCAAUCGUUUUAUUUUUUCUUCCAUUUUAGUUUUUUUUUUAAUUCACU